AUGCAGACGCCGCACAGACACUACCGCUUCUUCUUGGAUGACGAAAAAAUCGAAGACAUGGGACCAAUCGGAGCGCUGAAUCGCGAGCUCGAAUGUGUCAUGGGUCAACAUCAUAAUGGUCCUAUUUCAUUCAAGGAGCGUGGGCCCGGGCUCGAGGCUGUAGUGGAUUACCAUGAUCCAAGUAUCGAAAUGGAGCAACGAAACCCAGCACUCGUCGGAUUUAGCCCUGCAGAAGCAUUAGCUGCUUUUCGAACCCAAUACAGGGCUUACAUUAAGGGCGAGGACCCAUUCAACCGAAAAAUGAGGUCCAAUGAAAGCGCCCUCCACUGGUGGAAGGCAUUGCAAGGAGAUGAACUGGCAAAUAUUUCUGCUCCUCUUGCAAUCAAAACAUUUUCGGUCUCCCCGACAUCCAUGCCAGAUGAGCGCACCAUGUCAACGAUUACCUGGCUCAACUCUGCUCGACGAAGUAAGCAGGAAGUCAGCACACUUCAAAACCACAUCAAAAUCCGACAGUGGCACCGCUUCGAUCCUAAGCAGAAGCAGAAAAUGCCAUACAAACCUUUGGUCAAGUGGCGUGAUAUGGAAACCACGAUCCUUGGCAAGCGCGCCGGUGAGGAUCUGCCUGCUGCUGGUCGGAAGCCUCCUCCACCAAAACCACACACUCUCGCGUCACCCUCAAGCUCGGAUUCAGAAGAUGGAUUUGAUGACGGCGCGGACUGGUUGGAUGGUAAUCACAGCCUUCCUGCAGAGUUCGAGAGAGUGGAGAGAAACUCGUUUGUGCUUGCUGGAUCCAGUGGUAUUGAUUUGCGUUCACCUUUUCUACGUGAACUACUUUCGGAUUCCAGCGCUAAACAAGCUUCGCAGUUUGUUUCUGCGCCCAUCAAGAAGACUGCGGUCAAAAGCUCGUCCGGGUCUCUACCUGCUCCUUCUGAUUGGAACCUUCUCAACUCCGAAGAAGCCCGGAUGUGUCUGGCUGGUAGUUGUUGUACUGCCAGUGUAAACGGCUCCAGCACAGUAGCAAUGGACUACUAUCCUCACAAUGGUGGUGGAUACACUCGACAGCAGGAGCAACCACGAUAUGGCUAUGCCAUGCCGCAUGGAGGUGGACAACAUGCUGCUCCACUGACCAGUUACGAGCACCGGGCAGUAGUCACAGCAGUGCCUGCACACAACACACAAAAUCAGUAUCAGCAACAGCAACAGCAUUAUCGUGCAGAGCAUUACUGGUAUGACACGAAACACCAGCUGCAACAAGAGCAGCCCUAUGAAUCAAUUCCCCGACCACAGCAUAAUCAGCAAUCUAGAGUACAAGUGCUCGAAGCAUGUGGUCAGCCUCAACCAAAUGAUUCAAAUAAAUUCGUCUAUGGUCUGACUCGGGCAGACGAGGCAGCAUGUGAUCCAAGACCUUUGCCAGCUACAGUGGCUCCACAACCACAGAAGCGAGGACACGAGGAAUAUCAUGGUAACCUCCUGGAAGAUGGUGACAGUGCGAAGAAGAUAAAGAAAACUGAGAACGACACACCAUUAACUCAGACUAGUAGUGAAACCUGUGCCAGCAAAGGAUCGAAGCGGAAGGCCACAGCUGCAAAAUUGAAGACAAAGGCGAAGACAAAAAUUGAAGGGGAACAAGCCAUGGCUCACCUUCAAGAGCAAAGCCAUUGGUCAGACGAAGACACCAAACUUUUACUCGAAACCCUGCUAGGUGGUGACAGCGAAUUCUAUGAAGGCCUCACUGGCAAUGCUAAACACAUCUUCAAAAAGGUCUCCAAACGUAUAUUCAAAGGACGGCGCAGCCCAGAGUCAAUCAAGGGACGUUACGAACACUUACGACAAGUGUUUUCAUAUAUUUUGACUUUUGAGUCCAUCACCGGCAAUGGUGGUGGUGAUCCUGAUGUUGAAGUCCUUGACGAGAAGAUUGAGAAUGCUCGAACUGCUGGGAAGGAUAUUGGGAACUUAUCUGGUGCUACCUUGAAAAAAUGGUAUGACGAGGGAUGGUAUGCACUGUUCAACGACAGGCUUGGUGAGCACCCGGGACUUGUGCGAGAGGAGGAUUUUCGCUCUGGCAUGAUCUCAGAUACAAUCGAUAUCAGCAGCGAGGAGGGCAGUGAUGGUGAAAGCAAGGACAGUGAUAUGGAGAGAAAGAGUGACAAGAAAGUCAAGCCAACGAUGCAGAAGGGAGUCCCUGCACCACGGCACAAACGCAAGGCUUUGCAGACUGGUAUUGGCAAUGAAGCUGCCGAGUUUUUUUGCGUCAAAUGUUGA